AUGGAGUCACGCUUCUCACAAGCCUUCGCUGAAGAACUCAACUGCUUCAUCUGCAUGAGCUACCUUACAGACCCAGUCACCAUAAGCUGUGGCCACAGCUUCUGUCGAGCCUGCCUCCAUCUUUCCUGGGAAGACAGCCUGCUCCCUGUCCAAUGCCCUAUGUGUAGGGAACCAUCCCUGCAGAAGGACUUCAGAACCAACAUUGUUCUGAAGAAGCUGGUGUCCAUUGCCAGACAAGCCAGCCUCAUGAAAUACCUGAGCUCUGAGGAGCAACAGUGUGUGACCCACAAGGAGACCAAGGGGAUCUUCUGUAUGGAGAACAGGAUCUACCUCUGUCAACUUUGCUCUGACUCAUAUGAGCACAGAAGUCACAGACACUCUCCCAUUGAAGCAGCUGCUGAGGGUGAAAUGGAGAGACUUCUAAAACAAAUGACAUCUUUAUGGGAGCAGAUCCAAGAAAUUCAAGAGAAUGUAGAGGCAGAGAGCAGAAUCAAAAUUUUGUUUACAGACUACCUGCUUAUGAGGGAAGACAUGAUCAGGAUGGAGUAUAGGAAAUGGCGUGCAGUCCUCUAUGAAGAGGAAGAGAAAUACAUUGAGCACAUGAAAAAUGAAGGCAAUCGUGUUUUAGAGAAACUCAGAGAAAAUGAAGCCAUGAUGAUCCAAAAGAGAAAACAACUAAGAGAAAUGUUUCAGGACCUCAUGGCGAUGUCCCAGGAGCCAUAUGUGAUACUACUCCAGGGUUUGGAUGACAUAUUCAGAAGAAGUGAGUCAAUGCAGUUGAGCAUUCCCCAAAGUUUGAAACCAGAACUCUCUGCCUUCCCCAUGAUUGGACUCACUGAAAGAUUCAAGUCCUUCAAAGGUGAGUGUGAGCAGUGA